UCUCUUCUACCUCAAGCUGCCACAUCUUUAUACUCAUUAAUUACCUCUCUCUUCAUUUCCCACCAAAUUUUGCUUAUCAAUGCUCCAAAAUCCCGUAAACCAAAAACACCCAAAAGAAAAUUGAUUCAAAUACUAUAUUUUAUUUGUGAAUUCAGUAAUGAUUCUCACGUCCCACAUUCUUUUAAAACACCCUUUUCCUUCAAUCCAACUCCACCAUCUCUCCCUUCCAAAUCUGAUUCUCAAAAACAAAUUCUUUUUCUAUUUUCCUUAAUUUUUUUUUUUGGGUUUUCUUGAUAAAUAAAUUUUUUUGGUUUUUUUUUUUAUAUUCCAAAAAAACGUUAAUGUCAUUGCCAGCCAUGAGCACCAACACUUCCUCUUCUUCUUCCUCUUCUGAACCUGUCUUAUCAUGUGCACCUCAGACAUUCUUAACCUACGCUCAUGGUGACAGAGAUGACUCUGUUAAUGUAACAGGCUAUGACCUAGAAGGAGAAGAAGAGGAAGAAGUGAAGGAAAGAGAGAAACAGGAUGGAGAUCAGUUGUCGUUGUUGGCUUUGCUUGUGACUCUUUUCAGGAAAUCUUUGGAUGCUUGUAAGAGUAUCGAUAGAAGGGAGCUUUGUGCGAUGGAGAUCGGUUGGCCAACCAAUGUCAGACACGUGGCACAUGUUACCUUCGAUAGGUUCAAUGGUUUCAUGGGUUUGCCUGUUGAGUUUGAGCCUGAAGUUCCCAGAAGAGCUCCUAGUGCAAGUGCGACUGUCUUUGGAGUUUCAACAGAAUCCAUGCAGUUGUCCUAUGACUCCAGAGGGAACAGUGUGCCAACAAUACUCUUGCUAAUGCAAAGGCGUUUGUAUGCUCAAGGAGGCUUGCAGGCAGAAGGCAUUUUCAGAAUUAAUGCUGAAAACGGCCAGGAGGAGUAUGUUAGGGAACAAUUGAAUGGUGGAGUGGUUCCAGAAGGGAUUGAUGUACAUUGUUUGGCGGGACUAAUCAAGGCUUGGUUUAGAGAACUUCCCAGUGGAGUUUUGGAUUCUUUAUCUCCUGAGCAAGUAAUGCAAUGCCAGAUAGAAGAGCAUUGUGCUGAGCUUGCAAGACUUCUACCCCCAACAGAAUCUGCUCUACUGGAUUGGGCCAUUAAUCUCAUGGCUGAUGUUGUCCAGCAAGAACAUCUAAACAAGAUGAAUGCACGUAAUAUUGCUAUGGUUUUUGCACCAAAUAUGACUCAUAUGGCAGAUCCUUUGACUGCACUGAUGUAUGCAGUCCAAGUGAUGAACUUCCUCAAGACACUUAUCUUAAGGACCCUGCGAGAAAGAGAGGAUUCAGUGGUAGAGCCAACUAUGGCAUUCCGUCUGGAGCCUUUUGAUGAGAAUGGAGAUCAGAGCCCUUCACUCUCCCACAUUCCAGAUACUAAAAAAGAUAAUGAAGAGAAAGAGCUGGCCUUUAUUGCUAAAGAACCUUUAAGAGAAAGUUUCAGGAAUUAUAGUCAGACCAAUGAGAUGACAGAUGCAGAAUAUCACAGUCCGAUAUCCACUGUCAACCAGCUAAUCACUGAUGCAGAUCUUUCUGAUGAGACUUCAGCUGGGGUUGAAACCUUCUUCAGUGAAACAGAUGCCAUUGUGGCCAACUACCUGAAGCCUGGUACUCUAGUUAAAACUGGAAAGAGUAAUAUUGGUCAAUCAAGUAAUUCAAGUCUCAAGAAGGAGCCCAACAAAAUUUACGGGCAGCAAUCCAUACUUCACAUAACAAAUCCUGUUGAGAAGACCAAAGAAAUAAGCAAUUUGAGCCGUAUAGGUUCAAGGAUAGAACGUAUUGAAGCAUGGCGUUGAAGGAUACUCAACAGCGGUUGGGUCCUAACUGAUACUUUGACAAGAUUGCUGUGCAUGUUUGCUGUUUUUGGAAGUUGUGAAGAAAAAAUUGUGAAUUUGUUCAUGUAUCUUUUCGGUGUGAUGAGUACUUUGCUAAACCUUUUGUAAUAUCAUGGAUGGCGGUUCUAUACUUCGUAGCAUGACGCGAACAUCUCUGCUUUCAUAAAAAGUGCUAUCUACUCUAACAUCGGAAUCCAAGCGGUGUGAUUUCUUUUGUUCAUUGUCAUUCCCAAGAUGUUCACUUUUGCCUUUUCCUCAUUCCCGCAUCGGUCCUGAUACUCAAUGAUGUUUACCAUGAACUGAGAAAUGUUGGUGGCAUGAAGCCCUUUUUCACAUUAAUAUUCUGCCUCGUUUUGAUUGAAAAGCUUAUUCUCAGGUUUUAGGGUUUUGAUGGACCACAAAAUAGAGACAAAACUAAAUUUUGAUGCGCAUUGCUGCCGAAAGCCAAUGCAUAUUGUGGUGAAAGAACAUAACACGACUGUGGCAACUUUGUUUCUAUAUUGAUAACCUGCUUAGGUAUGUAUAUAAGGACAAGCCACCAAGAAUAAAGAAUA